GUCGUAUCUCCGCCCCCCACUCCUGUCUACCGCCGUCCUUUCUCCUCCCCCCCUCCCGAAAGGCUCUUGCUCCUUCUUCCCGGAGACCGCGCCUUGUCUACCAAAGCGGUAGGGAGAGGUUAAAUCACAAAGCAGGGGGUGACUCUGACAUUGAGUCUGACUCUGUAUAGCAUCUGGAGGGAUGGCGGCGACUACAGCAGGGCGAACCGGCUCUUACUCGUCUCCAUCCUCUAGCUUUAAUGCUGGUUACGGGAACAGCCACAGCGGGGCGGCGGCCAGCGAGGACGAGGAUGGACAGAACCUCUGGUCAUCUAUCCUGAGUGAGGUGUCAACACGCUCACGGUCUAAGCUGCCAUCUGGGAAGAAUGUCCUGCUGCUUGGAGAGGAUGGAGCAGGCAAAACGAGCUUAAUAGGAAAGCUUCAGGGAAUAGAAGAAUACAAGAAAGGGAGGGGAAUGGAGUAUUUGUAUAUAAACGUUCAUGAUGAAGACAGAGAUGACCAAACCAGGUGCAAUGUAUGGAUAUUGGAUGGUGAUCUGUAUCACAAAGGUCUUUUGAAGUUUGCUAUGGAUUCCAGUAGUGUAAGAGACACCUUAAUCAUGUUGAUAGUAGACAUGUCACGGCCGUGGUUGGCUCUGGAUUCCUUGCACAAAUGGGCCAGUGUAAUAAGGGAACACAUAGACAAGCUGAAAAUUCCUCCUGAAGAAAUGAAAGAGAUGGAAGCAAAGAUGGUAAGAAGUUUUCAAGAAUAUGUUGAACCUGGAGAAGAAUUUCCUGCCUCCCCUCAAAGAAGAAGUACAUCUUCACAAGAAGAUCAUGAUGAUAGUGUUAUUUUACCACUGGGGGAAGACACACUGACACAUAACCUUGGCAUUCCUGUAGUAGUUGUUUGCACUAAGUGUGAUGCUAUUAGUAUUUUGGAAAAAGAACACGAUUACAGAGAUGAGCACUUUGACUUUAUUCAAUCACAUAUCAGGAAGUUUUGUUUACAAUAUGGCGCUGCACUUAUUUACACUUCGAUAAAGGAGAACAAAAAUAUUGACAUUGUAUAUAAAUAUAUUGUUCAACAAUUAUACGGAUUCCAUUUCAACAUGCCUGCUGUUGUUGUCGAAAAGGAUGCAGUAUUUAUUCCUGCAGGGUGGGAUAAUGAUAAAAAGAUCGGAAUUUUACAUGAGAAUUUUCAGACCUUAAAACCUGAAGAUGCUUUUGAAGAUAUUGUUACAAAACCACCUGUGCGAAAGUUUGUACAUGAGAAAGAAAUUGUAGCAGAGGAUGAUCAAGUGUUUCUUUUAAAGCAACAGUCACAGUUGGCAAAACAACCACCAUCUUCAGCUGGACGCCCAGAUGCGUCUCCAAGAGUCCCUGGUGGGUCUCCUCGCACACCAAGCAGAUCAGGGAGUUCGAAUGUCGCCAGUGUGUCACCAGUCCCUGCGGGGACAAAGAAAAUUGAUCCUAAUAUGAAAGCUGGAGCAACAAGUGAGGGAGUGUUGGCAAACUUCUUUAAUAGCUUGUUGAGUAAGAAAACUGGGUCACCUGGAGCUGGCGGAACAGGACCUCCUUCUGGAAAUAACAGUUUGCAAACCUCUGCCAAAAAAUCAGGCCAAAAACCUGUGCUAACAGAUGUGCAAGCUGAACUAGAAAGAAUUUCACGAAAACCAGAUAUUGUAUCCCCCACCUCACCUACAUCCCCUACAGAAAGUGAAGCAUCUUGAAGAUACAAGGCAAUUAUCUCCAGUGUAUUGGAGUUACAUAAAAUUGCCUUUUCCUUCCUCAGUAAUUGUGGAACUACAGAGCUAAAAACAACACUUUUUUCUCUUUUUAAAGUGAAGACACCUGAUGUUUUGAAAUGUGUUUCCCCAGUCAAGAGGAAUUACCAACCAUACAGAACUCCUCCUUCAACGGCACCAAUUUCAUCUAAUUUUUAAAUGCUCUCAAGUUUCUUUGACACUGUAUGGUAACUGCACCUAGGAUUGGUUAAAUAACUAAUCAUCAAGAUGUAUGAUAUAUAUAUAUGUAGAAGUAUAAAUUCCGUAAGUUCAUAAAUUAUCGUUCCCUUCAAAUCUUUUUCUGAUAGGAAACAUAAGGGCAAGUUUAAAAAAAAAUGGCAGCUUUGAAGCCAAUUCAGAAAUAAUUUACAUUCUGAAAUUGAUUUGGGGCUAAUAAACAUUAAAUUAUGCUGCUUUGCUUACAAACAAAAUUAUACAAGGUAGGGGCAGGAUCUAUUACCAGAUAACAUCAAGCACUAAAUAACCUUUUUUGUACAUGUCGGAUAUUCAUUUUGUUGUAAGGCAUAAAAUUACUCGACUCCAGAUUUGCAUAUAUAAGAACACAUGACUCUUAGUGGAUGCAUUUCUAACGUAUUUGGUGGUUCUAAACGAGCCAUGUCCCUAACACUCAGUAAAUAAAGUCAUAUUUAUUCUCUGCAUAGAUUUAAACCUAUUCUUUAUAUUUAUGUUUGUUUUUUUCAUUUUGCUUGUGUUUUUUUUUUUUAACUAAACAUUUUUUUAUAUUUAUUUUGGAUAUUAGAAAAUUGGAAAAAUAAAAUAGACCAUAAAAAGUCAGUUGUUUCUAAUCCUGCAACUAUCUCAGAAAUCAAUUUUUUAAAUGUUCAUGUGCCCACAUGCUAUGUUUAAAACUUUGGGGAAAUUAUGUUUUCCUUUACCUUGAAUUAUAUUUGGCUGUUCCACCAUCUCAUAAUACAUUCAUUAUGUUUAUACAGAGAGUUUACAGGAGACAGGAAGCAUUUGCUUUCAAAAGUGUAUCUUCUAAAUUACACGAUUUUUACCAAUAUAGCUUAUAGACAUUUUUGAGGAUUAGAAUCUGCAAGCGUUGAUCCUAGUUUUACAUUUUUAAUAUACCAAAUAGCUUUUAAAGAAAACCUAGAGAAGAUACAAACGCAAUUAAGUUUUUUGUUUUCCUUUAGUAUUUAAAAGCAUGUAUUUUAUAUGUCUCAAAAUUAUGAUCAUCCCCCAUAAAUAUGUUGGAGUCCUACACAAUGAUUUUGCAAUACUUGCUCCUUUGGAUCUAUCUAGAUAAAAGUGAAUGACUGCAAGAUUUUUUUUCUCUCCACUGAACCAUAUUUACUAAUGUUAUCCCUUAGAUACAUGGAAAUGGUUAGUAAAUAUAUUGAGUGCCAACUCUCUUAUAAAAGAAGACUGAGUGUUAAUAUUGACUUUCAUUUUCUUGGAAAAAAAAUGUGGUUCUAGCAUAAGUAUCAAUUGUUGUAUAAGGGAUACUGUAAAAGCAGGCCAGUUUAUCCAAAAAUGUACGUUCAACCAAAAUAUAUCUGUGAAAACUUGAUUUGUGAAUAUUUUUUUUUAAUUGAGGGUUGAAUCCAAGAUGAUACAGAUGUUACAAUUCAACAAAUGAAUAAUAAAACGAGCAAGAUCCUUGCAAUAUUAAAUCAA